CACGCAUGCGCAUGAAAAUUAUUACAAAGCUGCAGAAGUCUGUCAAGAGAGAAAAUCUGAAUCAGAUAGAGAAUGUAAUCUGUCUGAUAUACAAAUUGCAGCAGAAAUGCAGCUUCCACCUCACGAGGGAGACGAGAUCUCCGUGGUGGACAUGCACACGGGUGGAGAGCCUUUACGGAUCAUCCUCAGCGGCUACCCACAGGUCAAAGGUGACAGCGUCCUCUCCAAGCGCCGCUACGUCCGGGAGCACCUGGACCACCUGAGGAGGGUGCUGAUGUACGAACCGCGGGGACACUAUGACAUGUACGGGGCCCUGGUCGUGGACAGCGAGAUACCCGAGGCCGACCUCGGGGUGCUGUUCAUGCACAACGAGGGCUACAGCACCAUGUGCGGACACGCCGUCAUCGCGCUGGGACGCUACGCCGUGGACUACAAACUGGUGAAAGAGCCACGGUCGCCCGAGACUCAGGUGAACAUCCACUGUCCAUGCGGGCUGGUGAAGGCUUUCGUUGAGUACUCUGAAGGGAAGACCGGAGCGGUGAGGUUUCUCAGUGUGCCAGCGUUUGCAUUUGCUACAGAUGUGACGGUGACGGUGGAGGGUUUUGGUGAGGUGACGGUGGACAUCAGCUAUGGAGGAGCCUUCUACGCCUUCGUGAGCGCACAGCGGUUUGGUCUGGAUGUGAGCAAGUCCAGGACACGAGAUCUGGUCGACGCAGCCACAGCAGUGACCAACGCCGUCAAAUUUCAGGUGAAACUGCAUCAUCCAACCAGUGACGAUCUGGCCUUCCUGUAUGGCACCAUCCUCACAGACGGAAAAGACGAUUAUUCCCCCGAACCCACCGCCAACGUCUGUGUGUUCGCAGAAGCUCAGGUUGACCGAAGCCCGACGGGUUCUGGUGUCACAGCUCGAGUGGCUCUUCAGUAUCACAAAGGUCUGAUCCAGCUGAACCAGACCAGGACGUUUCAGAGCGGAGCCACUGGAUCCCAGUUCACAGGAAGAGCUGUCGAGGAGACAAAGUGUGGAGACUUCAGGGCUGUGGUGGUGGAAGUCGCUGGUCGAGCCUUUUACACCGGAGUUUCACGCUUUGUUCAGGAGGCAGACGACAAGCUGACGCACGGUUUCCUGCUGAAGUGAGCAUCAAUUACAAGGCUUCUCUUUAAACAUGGGCACACAUAGGAAAUGCAUUUAAAUCAUUAGAGUUAUAAAGGACUGAAAACAUCUACCGACGGAAAUAAUUGAGGCGUUUGGAUGGAUCUACAAUAAACAUUGUCAAUGAAAUUACUUUUUGUUUUCUUAAAACAGGCAACUCUGGCCUGCUUUACCUGAUGAGUGGUGCCUCAAGGAAUAAAUGUUUAACAUUA